AUGCAGUACAUGCCUUACAGUAACUUGGAGAAGUGGCUGUACCCAGAGGACAAGGAGCGCGACGCUUCUGCAAUGGAUUGCUUGCAUCCCGGCCGUGACCCUCUUGUGGUCUACUGCUAUCUGAAGCCGGGGAAUGUCCUUUUGGAUGACCACAUGGUUGCACACGUUGGGGAGGACGUCCGAUUGGCUCUGUUUCUUCGUCAAACUCAGCAGGAAAAGAGUAUGGAAUGGGAAGCAGGGCAUCAACCAGUGGAUAUGUCUACAGUUUCGGCAUCAUCCUGCUCGGACAUCCUGAAGAAGCCGACUGACCAAAUGUUCGAGGAAAUCCUGAACCUGAGAAUUUUCACGUCGUCAUUGAAUGAUGGGGAUCAUAAAGUUCUCGACAUUGCUGAUCCAAGGCUUUUCGCAAACAAGAAGGCUUCCAAUUUGAUGGGGAGAAAUGUCUCCUCGAGCCACUUCGCGCGUUUGGACAACGUUAGCUUAGGAAGCAGCACGAAACCAAGGAACGGUUGGUUCAUGAGGUGCAAAGAAUGUGUUGCCGCGUCAAUCAGGUUAGGCCUGUCUUGUGUGGCGCCAUCCGCCAAGGAUCGUCCGAGCAUGAGAGAGGCCUUGGCGAGAUUGCACAAGAUAGAGAGAGCUUUGCUGGGCUCAAUCGAUGCCUGCUGA